AUGCAUAUUAAGGUCCUUUGUUUUUUCGCCCUUAUAGCAGCGGCGGCUGCUCAGCAUGGACACCACGCGCACUCCUCGCAGCACAUCUCUAAGCACGAUGAACAUCCUCAAGAGGUCACCAUCAAGGAUCACCACGGACACGAGAAGCACGUCGACUAUUACACUCACCCCAAAUACAAGUUCGAGUAUAAAGUGAACGACGAGCACACCGGCGACCACAAGACGCAGAACGAGCACCGCGAGGGAGACUCCGUGCAUGGUUUCUACAGCCUGCACGAGCCCGACGGCUCUGACAGACAUGUCCACUACCACAGUGACCAUCACACCGGUUUCCACGCCGAUGUCAAGCACAGCACCCACCACAUCGUUCCUCAUCAUCACCAUCACCAUGUAAUAUGUUUGGCUGCUGCAGUACUUGUGGUCGCAGCACAAAAUGAGCACGAGCAUAAAAUUGCGCAUUCUUCGCAGUACAUAACACGCCAUGACGGCCCAGUGCUAAAGGCGUAUAUAAAAGAGCAUAAACAUGAGCAUAGCCAUGAGCAUAAACAUGAGCAUGGACAAGAGAAUAGCCACGAGCAAAAUCAUGAGCACAGCCAUGAGCACUGGCACGAGCUGAAACAUGAAGAUAGUCAUGAAAACAAGCAUGAGCAUGGAUACGAGCACUGGCAUGAGCAGAAACAUGAGCAUGGACAUGAACAUGGACACGAACACUGGCACGAAGAGAAACAUGAGCACAACCAUGAACACAAGCAUGAGCAUGGGCUCGAGCAUUGGCAUGAACACAAACAUGGGCAUGGACACGAGCAAAGCCAUGAGCACAAGCAUGAGCACAAACACGAACCUGCCCAUUCCUCACAGCACAUCUCCAAGCACGACGGACAUGCGGAAAUCGUCACCAUCAAGGACCAUCACGGACACGAGAAACAUGUUGACUACUAUACGCAUCCCAAGUACGAGUUCAAGUACGAGGUGGAGGACAAGCACACGGGCGACCACAAGACGCAGCACGAGCACCGCGACGGCGACGUCGUCAAGGGCUUCUACAGCCUGCACGAGCCCGACGGCUCCCUCAGGGACGUGCACUACCACAGUGACAAAAAGACUGGUUUCCAUGCUGACAUCAAACACAGCACCCACCACAUCGUUCCUGAGCACCAUCACCACCACUGAAUAAAUUCCUGUUGUUGAGUCUUUUUUAAAUAUUGUUGUUAAAUU